GUUUAACACGUUGGAAGCAGCCACGUUGGCCCGACGCAUGCACUGCUACCAAUAAGAUAAAAAUUCUCGUUCGAAUCGGCCAAUCGUCAUCCGAACGUCUGCUCGUCGCUUAUCUUCCCGCCAAACGCGAGCAAUCUUCUUAGUGAGCAAUUAUCUUCCACGAGAGUGCACAGUCUCCUAACAUUUACGCCCACUUUCUCCACUGUUCGAUCAUCUGUAACAAGUGUUUUUUGGACCGCUGUAUUUUUCUCUAUUUGAACGACAGAGCAAUUCUUACAGGAUGUGGAUGGCACUUGCGAGCGGGAUUCAUGGUGUCGCGUCCAUGGACGUUAACGACGCACCAAACGUCGCGCCCUAUGUCGAGCCCAAUGUUGUACCCGAUGUUCCGUCCAAUGUUGUGCCCAAUGUUGCGCCAGAAGUGUAUCCUGAUGCACCCUUGCCGUCUGAAGCAGUUUACGAAACAGUAUCCGAAACAGUAUCCGAAGCAGUUUCCGAAGCAGUUUCCGAUGCAGUUGCUGAUGCAUCUUUGCCAUCCGAAGCGAUCCCAGCCUUUGAUGGAACCCUUCCAACGGCGCAGGAACUUGUCGAUAUGCUCGAUUCGAUGACCGGCAUAUCGGACGAGGAAAAAGCGAGUCUCAAGGAAGACUUGAUGAACAAUAUUCAAGGAGACGCUAUGCCGGUCGCAGCCAGCAAUGACCCAACCAUGCAGACCCUGAUACUCUUGUCCCUACUGAGCGUAGUCGUUCUAAUUUUCGUUUUCUUCGUUUACAAACUGUUCAAAUGUCUGAGGGAGAGAGAAGCGAAGCGGGAAGAGAAGAAGAAAAAUAAAGAGCUGAAGAAGAAGAAGUAAACCGGACGAAAAUCACGGAGGAUGUCGCGUCAUCGGAUACAGUGCAAGAAAAUAUAAUGUACAACGUUCACGUACGCGCUACGCAGACACAUUGCGUCGUUUUGCGGAUAAUCGUAUUUAAUGUACGAUAAAAUACGAUCUACAUUUUAUUAUGACUUAUUCUAUUUUAUUAAAUAAAAUAUAUUUAUGAGUAAAAAUUUUAGUCGUUUAGUGGAUGAUAAAUACGCAGAUAAUACCAGAAUAUUUUGGCAUCAGAGCAUUAUUUAUUGUGCCGUUUUGUGACAUACAUAACAUGCAUGGAAAUUUCUAGCGGACUAUACUGCAUGCAGUUUCCUGAUAUGCGCACGAACUUCCGUGUGUCACUGUGGAAGUUUAAAUUAAAAUACACUACAGUUAGACAGUUCCUUCGAGCGUAUAGCACACGUAAAAUCUUCUCAAUUGUUACACGAUACGUCCUUAUACGUUACGCGUCGUAUUAACCAUGUUUUACAGUUCAAUCGUAAAUAAAAUAUACAAGGAGAAAAUUAAAGAAGAACUGUCAGCAGUCGUACCAUAAACACCGACGUGUGACGUAAAAUUUUGGAAAAUAACGAUUUAGCAUUUGGUAAAUAGGUUAUAGUACUUCACGCGUUUUUCCAAGACAAUUAAAAAAUUUUGCCAUUUCUCUUUCAAUUUGAACUACAAGAUAAAAUAGACACUUUGUCCCUCGUUUUGAUAAGAUAAUAAUCAUUCCUCUUAUAACUGUCAAGCGCUUAUUAAAUAGAUUCUAAUGUUUGACUAAUAAAAAAAAAAAAAGGCACUUAUAUUUUGUUCUAAAGACACUUUGUUUAAUCUCGAAGAACAGAACCUUCGGUACUGUAUUUCAUUCCUAACAGUAAUACACGCUUUGCAUUCUUUCAGACUUAUUCGGCUACAUAACAUCGUUGUAAUUUGUAGAAAAAAAAAAAAAUAUUACACUUUGUGUAAAUAGAGAUCAUAUUCAUCAGCAGUAUCGUCAACGCUUCGGUUAACAUACGUAAACUCCUAAUAAUAACAGAUUCGACGCUGAUGAAUAAUCGUAACAA